UGCUAACGCCGCUUCUCCGGAGUACUACGAAGUGUCCCCGGCCACCCCGGAUUGCUCCGUACAAGCCAGCGCCUCCUGGUGCCCGGAGCAGCGCAGUGCACCCCACUUGUUGCUGCCGUACACUGCCGAGGAUGGGGAAAGUGGGGUGCUUGUGGCGUGUGAUGAGCCUGCUGCUGGGGGUGUCUCUCUUCGGCUCGGCCGCUCAGCCCUAUCACGGGGAGAAGGGGAUCUCUGUACCGGACCACGGCUUCUGCCAGCCCAUCUCCAUCCCGUUGUGCACGGACAUCGCCUACAACCAAACCAUCAUGCCGAACCUGCUCGGCCACACCAACCAGGAGGACGCCGGGCUGGAGGUGCACCAGUUCUACCCGCUGGUCAAGGUGCAGUGCUCGGCCGAGCUGCGCUUCUUCCUGUGCUCCAUGUACGCUCCGGUGUGCACGGUGUUGGAGCAGGCCAUCCCUCCGUGCCGAUCGCUGUGUGAGCGGGCCAGGCAAGGCUGCGAGGCCCUGAUGAACAAGUUCGGCUUCCAAUGGCCGGAGCGGCUGCGCUGCGAGAACUUCCCCGUGCACGGAGCCGGUGAGAUCUGUGUGGGCCAGAACACGUCUGACAGCCCGUCCGGACCUACAGCCAACCCGACCCCUUACCUGCCUGAUCUCAUCACCUUCCACCCGCACUCUGCCCGGGACUUCACCUGCCCCCGCCAGCUCAAGGUGCCCCCUUACCUGGGCUAUCGCUUCCUGGGGGAGAAGGACUGUGGGGCCCCCUGCGAGCCCAGCAAAGCUAAUGGCUUGAUGUACUUCAAGGAGGAGGAGGUCCGCUUUGCCCGGCUCUGGGUGGGCAUCUGGGCCAUCCUGUGUGCCAUCUCUACCCUCUUCACUGUGCUUACUUACCUGGUGGACAUGAGGCGCUUCAGCUACCCUGAGCGGCCCAUCAUCUUCCUGUCCGGCUGUUAUUUCAUGGUGGCUGUGGCUUACGCCGCCGGAUUCUUUCUUGAGGAGCGAGCCGUGUGCCUGGACCGAUUUUCGGAUGACACUUACCGCACGGUGGCCCAGGGCACCAAGAAAGAGGGCUGCACCAUCCUCUUCAUGAUUCUCUACUUCUUUGGCAUGGCCAGCUCAAUCUGGUGGGUCAUCCUGUCCCUCACCUGGUUCCUUGCCGCUGGCAUGAAAUGGGGCCACGAAGCCAUCGAGGCCCACUCCCAGUACUUCCACUUGGCUGCCUGGGCAGUGCCUGCCGUGAAGACCAUCACCAUCCUGGCCAUGGGCAGAGUGGACGGCGACAUAUUGAGCGGAGUGUGCUAUGUGGGCAUCAACAGCGUGGAUUCCCUGCGGGGCUUUGUGCUUGCACCCCUCUUCGUUUACCUGUUCAUUGGCACCUCAUUCCUUCUGGCCGGCUUUGUUUCUCUCUUCCGCAUCCGCACCAUUAUGAAACACGACGGCAGCAAGACCGAAAAGCUGGAGAAACUGAUGGUACGCAUCGGGGUGUUCAGUGUUCUUUACACGGUGCCAGCCACCAUCGUGCUAGCCUGCUAUUUCUAUGAGCAGGCCUUCAGGGACACGUGGGAGAAGACCUGGCUCAUGCAGACCUGCAAAAGCUUUGCCAUCCCUUGCCCAAACCAUCACUUUGCUCCCAUGAGCCCAGACUUUACAGUUUUUAUGAUCAAGUAUCUGAUGACUAUGAUUGUGGGCAUCACCUCCAGCUUCUGGAUCUGGUCAGGCAAAACCCUUCAGUCUUGGCGUAAGUUCUACCACAGACUAAGCAACAACAGCAAAGGGGAGACUGCUGUAUGAGACUGAAAACUUUUCUGCUCCCUGAAAUGGAGUAAAAGGGACUGACUUAGUUCAAUGGUACUGUGGAUCAUUGCUUGACAAACUUCUUGACUCAAUGCACAGCCUCCCACAGACACAAUUCCGCAGGGAUAGUUCCAGGCUUUUGAUCGAAGCGUUGCCAUUGAUUUUAUGUGGACAGUGUGCUAUUUGUUGGAGGUUCCCAUGCAGCCUUUUUGUUUUUUUAACCUUGUUCACGAGUUGCAUUGUUACUUGCAAUCUUGCUCUUUACCCAGUAUUUCAGAACAUGUAUUUUUCUAAGGAAAUGUGAGAUUUU